UAUUAAUCAGCCCCUCUCUCCCUCUCCCUCUCCCUCUCACCUUCCCCCACACGGUCACACACUGCCAUUAAAUAAUGCAACCCUAAGGCUCAAGAACCUACACAAAUCUCCCUCACCUAAACCUUCUGCCCACUUCUUAGCAACUCUCUCUCAAGCUCUUCCUUCCCCCCUGCACAGACAAUGAGCAAAGAAGAAGCCAACAAGUUCCUAAAGCUCCAGACGUGUGUUCUGAAGCUGAACAUUUGCUGCGAUGGCUGUAAGAAAAAAGUAAGAAGAGUGCUCCUCAAGAUUGAAGGGGUGUACACUGUGACAUUAGAUGCGGAGGAGAAGAAGGUUACAGUGACGGGGAGUGUGGAUCCGGUUACUCUCAUCAAGAAGCUCAACAAGGCUGGCAAAAAUGCAGAGCUUUGGCCUGCCAAGGGAGGAGGAAAGCAGCACCAGAACCUCCCCGGCAUGCUCCAGAAGGCUCAGCUUGAGCAUGCCAAGGGGCAGCAGAAGCCGCAAAAGGGCGGCGGCGGAAUCAAGGAACAAAAGUUUCAGCAGCAGCAAGGGCAGGGAAAGGGGCUCAAAGAUUUGAAAUUUCCCAGCUUGAAGGACCUCAAGCUGCCUUUCAGGAAGGACGAUGGCAAGAAGGUCAAGUUCGAUCUCCACCCCAAGGGGGAUUUUGACGGCGGAAGCGACUUCGACGACGACGAGGACGAUGACUUCGACGACGAGGACGACGAUGAGGACUUCGACGACUUCGACGACAUGAAGCCUUCUCCCAUGGCGAACUUCAAUCAGCCUAAUGCACAAGGCAAGAAAGGUGGUGGUGGAAAGGGAGGAGAUCUGCUUCAGGUGAUUAACAAGGCCGUGGGAGGCAAAAAUGGCGGCGGCGGCGGCGGUGGAGGAGGUAAAAAUGGCGGUGGCGGAAACCCAAACCAAGUCAAUGGUGGCGGUAGAAAAAGCCAUGGAGCCGACGAGAUCAAGAACAAGGGUGGGGCUCAAGGUAACCAUGGCAAUCCACCGCCAAACAAGGGCGGCGGCGGUGGCGGAUUAGGAAGGGGCCUUCCGAUAGGCCAGCCCAACACGAUGAUGGGCCACCAAAUGGGAAGUUUGCCCUCCGCCGGAGGCAUGGCCCAUCCGGGCUACUUCCCGCCCGGGGCAGUGCCGCCGGAGAUGAUGAUGGCCGGUGGAAACCCUUACCAGCAGCAGCAAUACCUGCAGGCACUGAUGCAGCACCAGCAGCAGCUGCAGCAGCAACAGAGGCUGAUGAUGAUGAACGGACCGGACCGGCAACCGCCGGCUUACCCACCGAUGCAAAUGGGAUACGGGUACGGCCAAGGCUACGGCCGACCGGUCUAUGCCCCUCCGCCGCCGCCGUAUCCCCACGGGGAGCAGUACUCCAUGUUCAGCGAUGAGAACCCCAACAGCUGCUCGGUUAUGUGAAAGACAGCAAAAAAUGUUCGUUUGGUGUGUGGCUUGUUGCUUCAUGAUCUGUUAUCUUCAUCAUCAACUGUGUUCCUUGCUCUUUAAUUCCUUGUGUUUAGUUUAUAGUGUUUAGGCCAUCCUCAUGAGGCCAGUGCUUCAGCUGUAUCUCAUGGCUCUGAUGCUAAAACAUCCAAGAAAGAUAUCGAUAAGUUUACUACUUAUAAGUCGUAAUGUCUGUAACAAUAAGCAAGGAAAACUAGCUAAGUUGAAGUAAACAACAUUGAUAUUCCGACUG